AUGCAGAAUAGCAAUCCUAUGGGAAAUCCUAAUAUGCCACCAGGUGCUUAUGCCCCACCAAAUCAAGGUCAGCUGCACCAGCAGCAACCAGGGAUGGGCUACUAUGGACAGCCAGGACCAGGGCAACCACAACAACCGCCGAUGACUAUGCCUGGACAGCAAAUGAUGAUGGGAAGCGGCUCUUCUGGAAUGUCUAUGGGGUAUCAGAGUGGUGUGCCACCAAUGAUGCAGCAACAGCCUGUACAACCUGCACCACAACCUUCAAUGAUGCAACAAGCCAUGUUUGGGGCUCAAGGAGCUAUGGCAUCGGUUUCUCGUCCUUAUUCUGGACCUACCACUUCUGCUCAAGGAGGCUUUUCUACCGCAUCAUCCAUUCCAGUAGGAAUGGGCGGAGUGCAGACGCAAGGACCGCCGCAGACUUAUUCCGGACAACAGCAACAACCGCAAAAUCAACAACAACAGGCUGCUUCAGGAUUCGUUGGACAACAGCAGCCUUCUUGUCCGCCUGCUCAGCAAGGUUAUGCGUAUUCUCAUGGAACAGCCGCAGCUCCUGCUUUUUCUGGAAGUUCUGGUCCUCCAGCCUCGGCGCAUCCUACCGCCACCGCUGCAGCUCAUUCGAUGGGUCUUCAAAGUGCCCCUAAACAGGACACGAAAAAGCCGCUUAAUCCUCCACCUUAUUCUCCUCAGAUAUUGGAGCAUCUAGACCAGUUCUCUGUGGGAACACUAACAGUAAUUGGAAGAGAACUGGUUAGCGAGCUCACAACAAGAACCCAUAGCCUCUGUAUGUCGCUCAAAGCAGUUUCGGAAAGGAAGCCACCUAUGGCAGGCGAUCCGGAGCAAUUGCUGGAGUACUGCCAAAUGUUAAUGGAUAAGCUCGUAGAAAUAAGAUUACGAAUAGAGAAGAAAGUAGGGAGUAAACGACUCAAUACAACUGAUUACAUCAAGAGAAUGAGCGAUAUGACGCCGCCUGUUGAUGAUGCACCCUUGGAACUAAGAGAGAAAAGACAGUUAUUUGAAGAAAACAGAACAAAAUUAUGUACUCUCAACAACGAUCUGAAGAUGUUGGAUUGGAUGGCGAGUGUGACAGAUCCAAGUCUUUUGAAGAAAGUCGAUAAGAUGGCUACUUCAGCAAGGGAACGGGAGUAA